UUGAAAAAAAAAAACCGCUAAGAAAUUUUUAGUUUUACUGACGUUAAUUUUGUGAAAAACGGACAUAAUUUAAGCAAUCGAGUGGUUAAAAUGAAAAGUUUGAAUAAUAUCCAAGCUAAUUAAUUAAAAAAAUGUAUUAAAUCAAUGACUGCUUGAUUACUGUAAUAAAUAAUAAGGACUGAAUUUUUGAUUGCUGUAUUUAUCAACAAUACAAUAAAAAAUUUGAAUAAAUUAUACAAUGAGCACUCCGCCGGAAAUAGUGGACAUAACUAGUGACGAUGAAGCUAACGGUUCACAUGCAGAGAAUCAGGAUGAAGUUGUCCUUGUUUACGAAGCGGUGGCUAAAAAACAUCCAGGAAAUAAUGUUCUCAAUUCAUUGUUUGCGCUUACAAAUCAAUGCCGUUCAAAUAAUAAUGGCCCGUCAAUUAUUCCAGCAGUACAAAGAAUGAAAAUGUUGAGCGAAUGUUUAAUUUUGAAUCGUAUCGCAAUGCAAAAUAUACAAGCAUUAACAAAUAGUAUUAAUUCAAGAGUUACUAUUGCCAACCAAAAUUUACGAGACUCUAACUCUCAUAAUUCUUCUUUGACUUCUACUGCUACUAGUAUUACUGGAAGCGCAUGUAUUAAUAGUACUGGUACUAGUACUACCGCUAGUAUAGUUUCUAAUGAUAAUUUCCUGCCGGGUGUUGAUAAAAAUAAAGUAAAGCUAGAAGUAUUGAAAAAUAAUCUUGAGACGAUCAAUGAAUUGAUAGAGGAAAACAAUUCCCUGAAAGAAGAUAAAGAUAAAGACAAAGCAAAUGAUGUAAUUGAAGAAUUGGCUGUCAAGGAUCCAGAGAAUCAUUCAACAGGCAAUGAUUGUAGUGAAGUAAAUCUAGUUCCGGUUGUUGAUAAUGACAUUUCUAAGGAUGAGAAGAAAGAUCUUGUUAUUCUGAAUGAUGGAGCUAGUGGUCCAUCAAACUUGCUGGUACAAGUUGAUGAAGUUGCUGACUGUUCAAAUGCGGGAACUGCCCAUGAAAAAAACUCUGAAUCAGUAAAACCAGUUUUUGAUGAAUCAGUAAAAUCAAUUACUGAUGAAUCAGUAAAACCAAUUAGUGAACCAGAUCAUACGGGAUCAAAUACUCAAUUAAAAAUUGAUAACGUUUUUAGUUUAAACGAUUCACAUAAAAACAGUAGCACAGAAGAAAUUGAUAACAUUCAGGAGUCAUUGAAAAAUCAACCGGUUGCUGAACCUAAAGAUGAAAAACCAUUCAAAUUAGCGAUUCUGUUUAAAAAACGUGAGCGUAGUCCUGAUAAAAAUAAUCACGAUUGUAAGGAAUGUGAGACAGAGUUUGACUAUUCAUCAGCAAUAAAUUUACGCAUCAGAAAACAAGACGGUGAACGUUUCUACAAAUGUCCGCGUUGUUCUUAUGUUAGCACCUGCCUGAGGAGUAUUAAAACUCAUGUUCGGUCUCAUACGAAAGAAAAACCAUACGAAUGUCAUGAAUGUCGGGCGAAAUUUGUCAGCUCUCGUGAUCUUUUAAAACACAAGUACAAUAUCCACUUGUGGAGAUUGUCUGACAACAAUGACUUGAGAUGCAGAAUUUGCAAAGAAACUUUUCAAGACCCGCGAAGUUUAGCGAUUCAUUUUAGUGCCCAUAAGAAUGGAGAUUAUUAUGAAUGCAACAUUUGUCAAUAUAAGAAAACGAAGGCAAGUUCGUUAGAGAACCACAUGAACAAACAUGUUGAUAAUAAUUUGUUUAUUUGCAAUGAUUGCGGGAAAUCAUUUCAGCAGAAAGGACUAUUGAGAGAACACUGGAGAUUUUAUCAUAUUUCACAACUGCAAAACAAGAGAUACAAGUGUCCGCAGUGUCCCUAUAAUUUUGUUCACUACGAGUGUCUUAAUCGUCACAGAAAUAAAAAUCAUUAAGUUAAAUCUCUGUUGCAGAAUUUAAUUGCAUUUUGAUUGCAAUGAAAAAAUUAGUUACGAUUAAAUAAUUUAGUUUGCACGGUAGACUUAUUGGUUGGAUUUAAAUAAUUUCGAUUAUUACAUUACUUUAUUGCUUUUGGUAAUUAUUCAUUUAUCUAUAGAGAGAAAUUUAAAGAAAAAAUUGAGAAUUUUUUGUUUAAAAAAAAAUUUAAUUUAAUUUAAAAAAGAAAAUUAAAAAUUAUUAUUUAAAAAAUAAAUUUAGAAAUUAUUAUCAUUAAAAUAUUAUG